AUGGAUAUGGAAGAAGUGAUCGAGUUCCUAGAUAACGUUCCUCUGCUUCAGACGCUACCGAGAUCUUCUCUGCUUAAAAUUGCGGAACACGUGAAUGCUAAGCGUUUCGAAAAAGGAGAUUAUGUCGUUCGUGAAGGGGGAGCAGGGGACGGAAUUUUCUUCAUAUGGGAGGGAGAAGCCGAAGUAACUGACUCGGUGAAUCGUCGUAUCGAUAGCCGAUCUGAGUACCAGUUGAAACGAUUUGAUUAUUUUGGUAAUGCUAGGCUUUCACCUUCUCAGCCAGCAGACAUAAUUGCAUUAUCAAAGCUGACCUGCUUAAUUUUGGCUCAAGAAUAUUGUGAACUCCUGAAGCCAAAGUCCAUAUGGAAUGCAGAUAGAUGCGAGGGAACCGCACUUAUAGAGAAGAUAUUGCACUUGAAACCAUUGAAUGACAACAUCUUUCAGGGAAUCACUGUGCCAGAAGCUCCAAGAUAUGGAAGGAUUUUUGGAGGACAGAUCAUGGGACAGGCUUUGGCAGCAGCAACAAAAACAGUUGACUGUCUCAAGCUUGUCCAUAGCCUGCACGCCUACUUCCUUCUUGUUGGGGAUGUUGAUUUGCCAAUUAUGUAUGAAGUUUAUCAAGUUCGUGAUGGAAAAAGUUUUGCCACCCGAAAGGUAGAUGCAAUACAGAAGGGAAACGUAAUUUUCUCUUUGCUUGCUUCAUUUCAGAAAGAGGAAAAGGGAUUUGAGCACCAGGAUGCAAUAAUGCCCACGGUGCCUGAACCUGAAACUCUUCUAUUGUUGGAAGAGCUGCGGCAGAGAUAUAUAAUUGACCCUAGAUUUCCCAUUGCAAAUAGAAACAAGGCAGCUCUGUUUGACUACAUACCAUGGCCAAUGGACAUAAAGAUUUGUGAGCCCAAAGACAGAACAACAGAUCAGACCAAAGGCCCUUCAAUCUUUAGAUAUUGGUUCAAAUCAAAGGGGAAGCUUUCUGAUGACCCAGCUUUACACAUGUGUGUGGUAGCCUAUGCAUCGGAUAUGAUGCUUACUUCUGUGAGCACAAUUCCUCAUAAGAAGAAAGGUUUGACAAUUACUCAAACCAGUCUGGAUCACUCAAUGUGGUUCCAUAGGCAGUUUAGAGCGGAUGAGUGGAUAUUAUACUCGAUGACAAGUCCCACUGCCAUAAACGCACGCGGUUUAUGUAUUGGCCAAAUGUUCAACAGAAAAGGGGAGCUUAUUGUUUCAUUGAUUCAAGAGGGCUUAAUCAGACGGCCAACCAUACCAAAAACCAUCCGUUCCACGUCGUCAAAGCUUUAAAAAUACUCAAAAUGGCAUUGCUGCUGCAAACGUAUUGCUGCAUGAAUUAGAUUGAAUCUCAUUUGUAGGCUAUUUAUUUCAAUAUUUUAGUAACUGCAAAAAAUAAUAAUUCAUUUGAACUGCAUUUUAUUUAUAGAGUAAACUCAUAUGUUA